AUGAGUGGUGGCCGGCCGGUGCCAGGCCCGGGGGUCUCAGGGCCCAAGCAACCCCAGUUGGUUGACAAGUCAACCUGGCAGCUCUCUGCUCUGCUGGGCUCCCCCCCUGACCCCCCCGACUGCCCGGCCUCGCCCCGCCCACCGCCUCCGGGAGGCCCAGCAGAGCCAGAGCCUCCCGGGGAGGACAAGACGGGGUGCCGAGGGGGCGGGCAAGAUGUCACCGAGAGGCGGGGGGCGCGGGCCCCAAGUGCUCGGAAGGCGGCCACCUGCUCACGCCGGAUGGAGCCCUUCUUCUCACGUGCGGGGUCCCUUCCCCCCCGGCCGCCGCCGGGGGCCCCUCCUGAUGGCCUCCGAGCACCUUCCUGA